AUGGAAGAAGUAUCGAAAUUCACAUCUUUUUAUACUGAAUGUACGUUGUGCAAGUCUAAGGAAGGUUUCGGUCCUAUUUCAUUUUAUGGGGAUCUUACGCAAUGUUUCAUAGACGGCGUUUUGUUGAACUUUACAGCAGUGUUCCUUCUUGUGUUCGGCACAAAAGAAUUAAUUAGGCUACUUCGAAAAGAACAUGUGGGAUUCAGAUACAGAACCAAUUGGAUUAUCUUCUGUCGAGUAACUCUCGUGGUUUUACAAAUUUUUUUCGUUUCGUACUCUACUUUGCUGGUAGGGAAAAGACAGCAGGAUGUUGCAUAUGCCAGUGAGUCGUUGCUGACGUUAUUGGCACUGUUUGACGUGUUGGCAUUGCACUAUUUUGAAUAUUACAAUUCGAAUGUUUCGAGCGGAAUAGUUCUGUUUUUCUGGCUAUUCGAGACCUUCGGCCUAGCAGCGAAGACUCUCAAUUUUGGUAUCAGGUACGUUUAUGAAGAUAAAUGGCAAUUCGGUCAUCUCUACUUCAUUUUAACGCUAUUUCAGGCUAUCAACAGUUUCUCAAUUCUAUUGCUAGAAGCAAUUCCAAAAAAAUCAUUACUUCCAUAUCAAGUGGUUCAGCAGUACAGUUCAAAGAGAAAAGUUAAUCCAUACGACAAUGCUAAUGUAUUCUCUAGGAUUUCGUUUUCAUGGAUGACAGAUCUGAUGAAAACCGGUUAUAAUAAGUAUUUGGUGGAAACAGAUUUAUAUAAAUUGCCAGAAAAUUUUGGUAGCGGUGAUCUUUCCGAAAGAUUUGAACAUAAUUGGCAAAAUCAGAUCAAACAUAAACCGAAUCCCUCUUUAACAUGGGCGCUGUUCAGAACUUUCGGUCUUCAAAUGGUGGUUGCAGCUAUUUUCAAAGUCUUCUUUGAUUCUUUAGCCUUCAUCCAACCUCAGUUGCUGAAGAUUUUAAUCCGCUUUGUGACUGAUUAUAAUGAACAAAGGAAAGAUUCAUUUGUCGUAUUCGAUAAAACCAAAGAAAUCCCACUGGCGAGAGGAUUUAUGAUUUCUAUUGGAAUGUUUUUGGUCAGUUUCACUCAGACUUCAAUUCUUCAUCAAUAUUUUCUCAAUUCCUUCAAUACAGGAAUGAAUAUCAAAAGUGCUUUGACAUCUGUUAUUUACCAAAAAGCUUUGGCUUUAUCGAAUGAAGCUGCAGAAAUGUCAUCUACUGGUGAUAUUGUCAAUUUGAUGAGCGUUGAUGUUCAAAGAUUGCAAGAUUUAACCCAGUGGAUUCAUUUGAUAUGGUCCGGUCCUUUUCAAAUUAUCUUAUGUUUGAUAUCACUAUAUAAACUGCUGGGUAAUUCAAUGUGGGUUGGUGUUAUCAUCCUUGUAAUUGUUAUGCCAUUAAAUUCUGUUCUCAUGAGGACACAAAAAAAAUUACAAAAAGUUCAGAUGAAGUAUAAAGAUGAAAGAUCACGUCUAAUCAACGAAAUCUUGAAUAAUAUCAAGUCUUUGAAACUGUACGCUUGGGAAGGUCCUUACAAAAAGAAAUUGGAACAUGUCAGAAAUGACAAAGAGCUAAAAAAUUUGACUAAGAUGGGUUGUUACUAUGCUUUCAUUUUCUUCCAAUUUAAUAUUGUUCCAUUUUUGGUCUCCUGUUCUACUUUUGCAGCUUUCGUAUUCACCGAGAAUAAGCCUUUGACCACUGAUUUGGUUUUCCCAGCUUUAACUUUAUUCAAUCUAUUGGCCUUUCCCCUAAACGUCGUUCCAAAUGUUCUUUCUAGUAUGAUUGAAGCGUCGGUAUCAAUCGGUAGAUUGUUCAAUUUUUUGACGAAUGAAGAGCUGCAAAAAGACUCUGUUCACCAUUUGGCAAAAGUCAACAAUAUAGGUGACGUUGCCGUUAAAUUAGGCGAUAAUGCAACAUUUCUAUGGAAACGUAAGCCUGAAUAUCAAGUUGCACUAAAAAAUAUCAACUUUGAAGCUAAAAAAGGUGAAUUAGCUUGUAUUGUUGGAAGAGUUGGAAGUGGUAAAAGUGCUUUGAUUCAAAGUAUUCUUGGAGACCUCUAUAGAGUCAAUGGCUUUGCUUCAGUACACGGUCGUGUGGCCUAUGUUAGCCAAGUCCCAUGGAUCAUGAAUGGUACAGUUAAGGAUAACAUUCUGUUUGGCCACAAAUACGAUGAGGAAUUUUACAAAUUGACCAUAAAGGCAUGUGCUUUGACCAUUGAUUUAGGUAUUUUACCUGAUGGUGAUCAAACUUUGGUGGGUGAAAAGGGUAUCUCAUUAUCCGGAGGUCAAAAAGCUCGAUUAUCUCUGGCUAGAGCUACGUAUGCUAGAGCUGACACUUAUUUAUUGGAUGAUCCAUUAGCUGCUGUUGAUGAACAUGUUUCUAAGCAUUUGGUUCAGCAUGUUCUUGGUGCACAUGGUUUAUUGAAGAGUAAAACAAAAGUUCUAGCAACUAAUAAAAUUUCUGUUUUAUCAAUUGCCGAUUCUGUUACUCUUCUCGAAAAUGGUGAAAUUAUACAACAGGGCUCAGCUGAAGAGAUAUCUGUUGAUGCUGAUUCUCCUUUGUCCAAACUAAUAACUGAGUUUGGUAAAAAGAAAACAAGUAAAAGUAAUGAGACUUCGUCCGCUAGUAGCUCAGAACGUGAAAGCACAGUACCACUAAAAGACGAGCUAGAAGAAUUGCAAAAACUAAAUAGUAUGGAUAUGGAUACAGAUACUGCUCUGAGUUUGAGAAGAGCCAGUGAUGCAACUUUACGUAAUAUCGAUUUCGAUGACGACGAAAAUACAGGAGCUAAAGAACAUCGUGAACAAGGUAAAGUCAAAUGGUCAAUUUACUUGGAAUAUGCUAAGGCAUGUAACCCAGUUAAUGUUUGCAUCUUUUUAUUCUUCAUUGUUCUAUCUAUGUUUCUAUCUGUUUUAAGCAACAUCUGGUUGAAGCAUUGGUCUGAAAUUAAUUCUUCUCAUGGAUCUAAUCCUCAUAUUGGACGUUAUCUUGGCGUGUACUUGGCAUUGGGUAUUAGUUCCGCACUAGCUACUUUAAUUCAAACUGUUAUCCUGUGGGUUUUUUGCACCAUUCGAGGCUCCAAAUACCUUCAUUCGAUUAUGGCUAAUUCCAUUUUGAGGGCACCAAUGUCAUUUUUUGAAACUACGCCAAUCGGACGUAUUUUGAACAGAUUUUCUAAUGAUAUUUACAAAGUGGAUGAACUGCUUGGUAGAACGUUUACCCAGUUCUUCAUGAAUGUCGUGAAAGUGUCUUUCACUAUUAUUGUUAUUUGCGUUACGACAUGGCAAUUUACCUUUUUUGUUAUUCCUAUGGCUGUAUUAUAUAUUUACUAUCAGCAAUAUUAUUUGAGAGCAUCAAGAGAAUUACGUCGCCUGGAUUCUGUCACUAGAUCACCUGUUUAUGCUCAUUUCCAGGAGAGUCUUGGUGGACUCUCAACUAUAAGGGGCUAUGGACAGCAAAAAAGGUUCAUUCACAUAAAUCAGUCACGUAUUGAUAAUAACAUGAGCGCUUACUACCCUUCUGUGAAUGCGAACCGUUGGUUAGCGUUCAGAUUAGAAUUCAUUGGUACAAUCAUUAUUUUUGGCGCGUCUUUCUUAUCCAUACUGAGAUUAAAGUCUGGCACUCUAACACCGGGAAUGAUCGGUUUGUCGUUAAGCUAUGCAUUGCAAAUCACGCAAUCGUUGAACUGGAUCGUAAGGAUGACUGUCGAAGUUGAAACUAAUAUCGUCUCAGUGGAGAGAAUAAAAGAGUAUUCAGACAUCAAAAGUGAAGCGCCCACUAUUGUAGAAGGACAUAGACCUCCUUUGACCUGGCCUGCUGAAGGUGACAUAAAAUUCGAACAUUAUUCCACUAGAUAUAGACCAAAUUUGGAUUUAAUACUGAAAAACAUUGAUUUACAUAUCAAGCCGAGAGAAAAAAUUGGAAUUGUUGGAAGAACCGGUGCUGGUAAGUCCUCUUUGACAUUAGCUUUAUUCAGAAUAAUUGAAGCUGCGGAGGGUCGUAUUAUAAUUGAUGGGGUUCCAAUAAAUGAGAUUGGGCUUUAUGAUUUGAGACAUAAGCUCUCUAUUAUACCUCAAGACAGUCAACUCUUUGAAGGCACGAUUCGUGAGAAUAUCGAUCCAAUGAACGAAUACAGUGAUGAGGAAAUCUGGAGAGUGCUGGAUUUAUCACAUCUAAAGGAACAUGUUUUAGCAAUGAGCAAAGAGGGCUUGCUCACUCAACUGUCUGAAGGUGGUAGUAAUUUGAGUGUUGGACAAAGGCAAUUGAUGUGUUUAGCUAGAGCAUUGUUGAUUCCCUCUAAAAUAUUGGUUCUUGAUGAAGCUACUGCUGCAGUUGAUGUUGAGACGGAUAAGGUUAUCCAAGAGACUAUACGUACAGCGUUCAAAGAUAGAACCAUUUUAACGAUUGCUCAUAGAAUCAAUACUAUUAUGGACAGUCACAAAAUUAUCGUUUUAGAUUCUGGUUGCGUUCGAGAGUUCGAUACACCAGAAACCCUGUUGAAAAACAAGGAUUCGGGAUUUUAUUCUCUUUGUAAAGAAGCAGGAUUAACAAAAGACUCAUAA